UCGUGUUGGCCAUUAAUGUACAUUAUCAGAUAUGGACAUCUUAAUUCAGCUCUUGGAAUAGCACAGAGUUUGCAAAAACGAGGAAAUGAUGUUUACUUUGCUAAUCGAAAACAUCAUCGAGCUUCGGUUGAGAAACGUGGAUUGAAAUUUAUUGCUCUGGAAGACUAUGAAGACUCUUAUACCGAAGCGAAUGCCGAUUUUUUCGUUGAUAUGAUGACACAAUAUCUGAAGAAGGCGGAAUUGACACCAAUGGAAAGGUUGGAAAAUUGGGAUGAAAAUGACACUAAAAUGUUUUUGGAAGUCAUCGAUGAACUAAAGCUUUUGAAUAAUGCACUGACAAAAAUAGUGGACGAUAUUAAACCAGAUAUCUUGGUAGCUGAUGUUAUAUUGGCUUUGUCACUUUUUGUGAAUGGACCCAUUCCAUGUAUACCGGUUUACUCAGCAAAUCCUCUUGCACUCUAUUAUGAUUACGGCAUAUCACCAGAAGCUGGACUAGCUGUGAAUGGAGAUAGAGAUUAUUGGAAAAUUUACCGAGAUAAAGAAACAGAAGUUUAUCAGCCAAUAAAUGACGAAUUUGGCCGGUGGUUUACAUCGUGCGGAUUAGAAUCUGUAUCUAUUUUCAAAUAUGGCUCCUUUACAAAAUAUUUUGGUAUUUAUAUCUAUCCAGAAGCUUUAGAUUACGGUCAAGAUUUGGGUCCACCUCCAUCUAAUUGGGUUCGCAUGGAUUUUUCUAUACGUGAACCUGAAGAAUCUGAUUUUACCAUUCCAGAGUCAUUAGCAAAUAAACCUGGAAAAUUGAUUUAUCUUUCAAUGGGCUCAUUGGGAUCUGUCCAUAUACCCUUGAUGAAACGUUUAAUCAAUACUUUCUCAAAAAGUAAACAUCGCUUUAUUGUAUCCAAAGGUCCUCGUGGUGAUGCGCUUACUUUACCAGAUAACAUGUGGGGUGAAAACUAUGUAAAUCAACUUGAAAUCCUACCCAAAGUUGAUUUGGUUUUAACUCAUGGAGGUAAUAAUACAACUGUGGAGACACUUUACUUCGGUAAAAAAAUGAUCAUAUUGCCAAUGUUUUAUGAUCAGUUUGACAAUGCACAAAGGCUUGAAGACUUGAAGCUUGGACGGAGAGUUGAUCCAUUCAGAUACGACGAAGAUGAAAUCCAUAAGUUGGUUGAUGAAUUGCUUGAGAAUACUGAAGUACAAGAUAGAAUUACAAAAAUCUCAGAGCAGCUAAAGAAUUCCAAAAGUCAGGAAAAAGUAUUAGAGUUGAUAGAAAAGACGGCAAGAACAAAAUCGUCUCCUCUUUAAUUCGAUGUAUCCAAGUGCUAGUUGAUGUAUCUUAUUUGUUGAUUUUUUGAAUUGAC